CGGUCACACUGGUCACACAAAUAACAUAAAGAAUUCGUCAUUUCGUUGCAAAAUAUCUUCUGAAAUUAAGAGCUAGCUGUGUUUAUUUCAAUGUGUUAAUGCCAACUAGAAUUGUUGUGCGCUGGCGUCAGUGUUAAACGAAAGCCUGUCUUUUUGAUUGAAAUUAUUUGUUAAUUAAAUACGGAUAGUUUACGCUGCCAAGCAACAGCAAUACCAACAACAACAAUGGUUGGAAUUAUUGAUGAGGCGCAGCUGUUUUAUCCGUUGGGUACACGCAUCAAAAUAGGCAAUAAUUAUGGCACUGUCAAAUACGUAGGCGAGGUUUGUGGACACGCGGGCACUUGGCUGGGUAUCGAGUGGGAUGAGGGGAUGCGGGGCAAGCACAAUGGAAUUGUUGAUGGCAAGCGCUACUUCCAAACGCAGCUGCCCACAGCUGGCAGUUUCAUUAGACCUGGUAAGCUGGGACCCUGCGCAACACUAGAGGAUGAGGCACGCGAACGUUAUCUGAAUUAUGACUCCAGCAAUGUGGAUGUGUCGCUUAUACGUGAGGCGCAGGCAUCCGUGCAAGCAUCGUUAUUUGAGGUGGUUGGCAUGGAUAAGAUAGCGCGCAAGCAAAGUAAAUUUGAGCAGCUGUCGGAGGUUAGUGUGGAUGAGACUCCAGUAAAUGCAGCCGGUUACUUGAAGGAUCUGACACAGCUUACAACGCUGAAUGUGAGCCACACCUUGAUCUGGAAUUGGCAGAUUGUUGCUAGCAUAACCGAGCAGCUGCCAAUGCUUAACAAUUUAAAUUUGGGCUCCAAUCGUUUAGUGCUCCCCACAGAAGCGGAAAUCAGCAAGUUGGAGCCAGCGUUUCGACAGUUAAGGCAUAUUAAUCUACGUAAUUGCGGCUUUACGGACUGGAAGGAUGUUAUGCAAACGGCAUUACUUUGGCCGGACAUUGAAUCGCUGGGCUUGCAGGAGAACUCCUUAAGUCAACUGUCGGAGGUGGACUGUAAUCGGAUAUUUAGGCAGCUGCGUGAACUCGAUUUGCAUCGUACAAAAUUAAUGGACUUUGACCAAGUGUGUAAGCUGGGUAACAUAGCCACGUUGCGAUUGCUCAAUCUCAUGGAGAAUGGCAUUGAACAGCUACAAUUGCCAGACUGUGAGCCGCAUUCCAAGCUUAGUUUGUUUGUAGCAAUGGAGCAGCUUAAUUUGCUGCAUAAUCCAAUAUGGAAUGAGGCUGAAGCAUUCAAUGAAUUGGACAAGUUGCCACAAUUAAAACGCAUAAAUAUGAGUCCACACUUGAAGUCGAAUUUUGAUGAAAUGUUUUCCAAAGCUGUAGCUAGCAUUGGAAGCUUACAGUUUGUCAAUAAAGCGAAAGUGACAGCUGAGGAGCGACGUGGUGCAGAGUACGAUAUAUGGAAGAAGCAUGCGGUGGAUUGGUUGCAGGCAUCCAAAUUGGGCGCCGAUGCUCUUAGAGAGUUUUAUAAAAAACAUCGCACUUAUUUGAUGAUAGUCAAUAAGUAUGGAUCACCCGCUGAUUUUGUGCCGCGCAUACAAACGAAGCAAUCGAAUCUCAUUAAGGUCCGGAUACAGCAUCAGCCCAGUGGUGAGAUUUGGGAGAAAAAAGUGCCCCGGAUGAUAACUGUGCAAACGUUGCAAGGGCUGGUCAUGAAACGUUUCCGUCUAUCCGGGGACACACCCCAACUUUGCUAUGUUGAUGCCAAGCAUCCCGAGCUGGUUGUGCCUUUGGAGAAUAAUGCCAAAACACUUGAUUUCUAUUCGGUACAGGAACAUGACACUGUUCUGGUUCAGUAGUGAUAUUGGCUCAGUGCAAUGUGAUUACUUCAAUAUAUUGUGGUUCCCCUUUAUUUCGUAUUUCAUUGUGGUAUUUUAGUUGUAAUCGAGAAAUUGUAAAAAUUCUGAAAAAUGUACGAAAAAUAGGAUGGAAACAGAAAUCCGUUUUAAAACACAAAAUUAAUAAUGUUAAUGUUAGGUACUUAAGUUCUAAUUCCCAAUACCGAUGAUAUAUUAAUUUUUGUUCUGUUUUACAAACUAAAAUUUAACGUACAUUAACCAAAA